UAUUCGCGAUUGUGCUCUCAGUCGUACUAUUUGUCCCAUUCUUCUACAAACUGGGGAUAACAAGUGUCUUCCAGGUAAAGUUUCAACAUGCAAACAUGGAUAGAAUAUCUGUAUCCAAAGUAUAUUCCAGGCAAAGUUUCAACAUGCAAACAUGGAUAGAAUAUCUGUAUCCAAAGUAUAUUCCAGGCAAAGUUUCAACAUGCAAACAUGGAUAGAAUAUCUGUAUCCAAAGUAUAUUCCAGGUAAAGUUUCAACAUGCAAACAUGGAUAGAAUAUCUGUAUCCAAAGUAUACUGUAUUCCAGGUAAAGUUUCAACAUGCAAACAUGGAUAGAAUAUCUGUAUCCAAAGUAUAUUCCAGGUAAAGUUUCAACAUGCAAACAUGGAUAGAAUAUCUGUAUCCAAAGUAUAUUCCAGUAUCUGGAAAUGAGGUUCAACAAAAUUGUUCGGACAAUGGCGGUGAUACUCUUCAUGUUCCCAACUAUUAUAUACGUGUCGUUUGUAUUGUACGCCCCUAGCCUUGCAUUCAAUGCAGUGACAGGACUUGACCUUUGGGGUUCGGUCGUUGCUAUAGGUGCUAUAGCUACUAUUUACACAACACUAGGUGGCAUGAAGGCUGUGUUGUGGACUGACAGUUUCCAAGCGGUGGUGAUCCUUGCAGGCUUGCUGGCAGUGCUCAUCCAAGGUUCCAUGCUCAUGGGCGGCUUCAGUAACGCUUGGGAAAUUGCUGCUAACCGGUCUAGGAUCAACUUUCAUGAUUUUGACCCCGACCCUACAACUCGACACUCCUUCUGGUCUAUAGUGUUUGGUGGUGGUUUCGUCUGGCUGAGUCUCUAUGGCGCGAGCCAGGCCCAAAUCCAGAGAGCACUCUCCUGUCCGACCCCAAGGAAGGCUCAACUGGCUAUGUUGAUAAACUUGCCAGGACUUAUCUUCAUCGUCAGCCUGUGCUGCAUGAUCGGCAUCGUCAUGUUCGCCUUCUACGCCGACUGUUACCCGUUAAAAUUCAACAACCUCAUCUUCAGCUCAGAUCAGCUGCUGCCUCUGUUUGUCAUGGACACUCUCAGCCAGUUCCAAGGACUGCCCGGAGUCUUUGUCUCGUGCAUCUUCAGCGGAAGUCUGAGCACUCUGUCAUCCACCCUGAACGCUAUGGGCGCCGUCAUACCACAUGAUCUGAUCCAACCGUUUUGCUGUAAGAAACUGUCUGACAGGAGUAUGACCAUUCUCUCCAAGGUCACGGUGUUCGUUAUGGGUGGUGUGACAAUAGCUUGUUCAUAUGGCGUGGCUCAGUUGGGGAGCGUCCUUCAGGCAACGUAUGCUGUAACAAGCGUCCUGGAUGGGCCUGUGUUCGGAAUCUUUAUUUUGGGAAUGUUCUUUCCGUGGGCGAACUCUUGGGGUGCCAUAGUUGGAUGUCUGACGUCUCUCGCGAUUAUGUUAUGGAUCUGCAUAGCGGCGUUCGUCAAUAGAGCAUUCAAUGCCAUUCCGUCUGCCGUGUCUGUUAUGGGCUGCAACUGGAACAUCACAACAACGACGAUGACAACGAUCGCUACCACAAUGUCCACCGUGAACUCAACUGCAGCUGUUAAUCUCCCCUUGACGUCAAAGUCAAGUGACCCCUUCUAUCCGUUGUACACGUUGUCGUAUCUGAACUACACAGCGACGUCGGUUGCAAUAGUGGUGAUUGUGGGGCUCAUCGUCAGCUUCAUCACAGGAAGAACGGACCCCAAAAGCCUGGACCCACGUCUCAUAUGCCCUCUAUUUGACUGCCUCUUCCCCUGUUUGCCAGAGAUGAUCCUCCGACCUCUCAGAUUCGGAGUCAAUCACGAAGGGAAAUACGACGUAGAUGCAACUCCAGAGGUAAAUGACAAAGCAUCAAAGAUGCCUGAGAUGACUCCAUCUUAUGCGGCUGAUCGGAAACAGGAACAUGGUGAUGGCAAUUUUCCAAUCAAACAUGGCGUCACCAACAUGGCAUAUACAGAUAAUGACAUAAUUUCUGUUCAUCUGUGAUACAUGCAGAUGUGUCCGCUCUAACUUGCAAGCAGUAGCAGUCUUUGAUCUGUGUAUCCUUUAGCGGUUCUUGUAACAAGACGGAUAUCUUGUUAGCUUGUUUAAAUAGGACCGGUGUUUACCUCGAAACAUAACACAUAGCUGAACUAAUUUUUCUUUGUAUGUUGACUGUCUUUUAUAUGUCUUGUAUUACCAUUGGUGGUUUAUGCAUGGCGGUAAGAAAUAGAUAAGUAUGUGCUAAACUGAUACCUAUUAAACAGAAACUUAAACUUACAUUCUACUUGAAAGAUUAAACGGCCUAUUGAAUAUACACAUACUAACAUAGUUAGUCCAUAGUCCAGAUUAGUUAGUAACUUAUAGUCUGUUUGCCGUGAAAACGUACCGGUGAA